UAUUCACACAAAUGUUACAUAUUCUUUAAUCCUUAUAUUUCCAAGAAUAUAUGGCUUCAUCAAACUUUGUCUAUUUCAUCCUAUUUCUUUUUGUAUCAUCAAUCUUGUUUGCUUUGCAAGUGAGUUCAACAUCUAGACAUGUUAUCAACAACCAUAAUAAGGGGUUCAAAGUGAGCUUAAAACAUGUUGAUUCAGGUGGGAAUUUCACAAAAUUUGAACGUUUACAACGCGCGAUGGCACGAGGGAAAUCAAGGUUACAAAGGUUAAGCCCAGUGGCUAAUUUUGCAACUUUAUCGUCAAAUGAUUUAAAGUCAACAAUUCAUGCAGGAAAUGGUGAGUUUUUAAUGCAAAUAUCAAUUGGUAGCCCAAGUGAGUCUUAUAAUGCAAUAAUGGAUACUGGUAGUGAUUUAAUUUGGACUCAAUGUAAGCCAUGCAAAGAGUGUUUUGAUCAAUCAACACCAAUUUUUGAUCCAUCAAAAUCAUCAACUUUUGAAAAAAUUUCAUGUUCUAAUAAACUUUGUGAAGCAUUGCCAAUGUCAUCUUGUGGUGAUAACAAUAAUUGUGAGUAUAUUUACACAUAUGGUGAUUAUUCAUCAAGUGAUGGUUUUUUGUCUAGUGAAACAUUCACUUUUGGUAAAGUAGUUUCAAUACCAAAUAUUGCAUUUGGAUGUGGAAUUGACAAUGAAGGUAGUGGAUUCAGUCAAGGUGCGGGCUUAGUGGGCCUUGGAAGAGGUCCACUAUCACUAGUCUCUCAACUCCACAUGUCUAGAUUCUCCUACUGUCUAACCUCCAUUAACGAGGAUGCUGACAGCACGAGCAGCACACUUCUCAUGGGAUCAAUAGCACAUGACGAUUAUAACAAUAUCAUCACAACCCCAUUAAUGAAAAACCCAACGCAACCAUCUUUUUACUAUCUUUCAUUAAAAGGAAUAUCUGUUGGGGAUACUCAAUUGCCCAUCAAGAAAUCCACAUUUUCACUCAACCAAGAUGGCACUGGAGGAAUGAUAAUCGACUCUGGGACAACUAUAACAUAUUUGGAAGAAAGUGCAUUUAGUCUUCUCAAGAAAGAGUUUUCUUCACAGGUAAACCUUCCGGAGGAUGAUUCAAGCUCAACAGGACUAGAUCUUUGUUUCAAAUUGCCAUCAAACACAAACAACAUAAAAGUUCCCAAAUUGAUUUUCCAUUUUGAAGGUGCAGACAUGGAUUUGCCUCCAGACAAUUACAUUAUUGCUGAUUCAAGAAUGGGAGUUGCUUGUUUAGCUAUGGGAAGUUCAAGUGGAAUGUCAAUAUUUGGAAAUGUUCAACAACAAAAUAUGAUGGUCAUUCAUGAUCUUGAUAAAGAAACUUUAUCAUUUGUACCAACACAAUGUGAUAAAUUAUAGAUGGAACAUCAUAAUCCUCAAAUUAAAGUUCAACAUAUGGAUUGUAUGGGCUUUCAGAGGCGGAGUUAGAAGUCAAGAUACGAGUUUAGCGAAAUUCAAUAUAACUUCCGAUGCUCAAACAAUGUGUUUGUAUUAAGAAAUUCAUUAGAUAUGUACACAUAUUAAAAUUCAGAAACGAUAAAAUUGAAAUCGCGAUUAUGUUUUUCUCUUA